AUGGCUCAUCAUCUGUUACUAUUUUAUCUAUCCUGUCUGGUAUCAAUCGCCAUCCGAGUCAGCGCAGAACCAUGCAGUACCACAGGAACUUUCGACGACUGUUGUCCGUCCUUAGACAACAAAGUCAUUCCUGUCAAGGGCAAAGAGUUCCGAGUCUACUGUAACUCGUUUAUUAAACAGGAGUUCAAGCAGACUAGCACUUCGGUAGAGUGUAUAGACAACUGCAGUUCCGAUCCUGCCUGUGUUGGCGUACAUUUGAAACGACCUGCAAAUGCCAGGUUCACAAGUUGUGAACGGAAGCUUCAAUCUCCCGAGGCCAACACUGUGAGCUUCGUCUUAGUCGACCCUACGGAUACAACACAGUUGACCCAAGACUUGAAUGACUGUCGCCGCGAUCUCGGCAACUGCCAACCGGGGGACCCGGCUUGCACAAGGAAUCUUCAACAAUGCCUUCGAGAUCUAGAUAACUGCAAGCCAGGCGACCCAACCUGCCCUGGAAAACUUGACACCUGUCUCACGGACAAAAGGAGGUGUGAAGGAGACCUCGACCGCUACAAAAAGCAGGCGAAGCCCUUCUGCUGCUCCGACACCAAGGUGCAGACGAUUGGCGGGGGAAGCUACCGUCACCACUGCAACCAAGUCACCACGCCGGCAAGCCCCAACCCUUUCCGGACGCAGCAUCAAGCAGAGAGUAUAGAAGAGUGUGCUCGAAUUUGCACAAAGAACUCAGGAUGUCAAUGGAUCUACUAUGUGGUUAGUAGUAAGACAUGCUCGUUGGGCCGUGGCGGGUGGAAACAUCAGACCAAGAACGCUUUCACGACGCCCGGUGCCACGGGUAAAGGCUGCACAGUCAUUGAAAAGGCUUAG